AGAAAACUCCAGUUACAUACUGUAUUUGGCUUCUUUACCUUCAGGCAUGGAUGACGACACACAGCAGGAGAUCCUUACACAAUUUAAAGAAAAGCGAUUUGGAGGAUGGGGCCUCUUGCAGCUGACAGCGGGAACAGGACUGGCUGUGUAUGCCAUGUGGGCAGGAGUUCUGAUGCCAGGGUUCCGCAGAGUGCCUCUUAAACUCCAGGUGCCGUAUAUACCAGCCAGUAAAAGACAAGUGAGCAACGUCAUGGCUCUGCUGAAGGGCCGCUCGGGAGGGCUUGCUGACCUGGGAUCAGGGGACGGUAGGAUUGUGUUAGAGGCGAGCCGGCAGGGUUUUUCUCCAGCUGUAGGCUAUGAGCUGAACCCCUGGCUUCUCCGGUUUGCACGAUUUCAUGCUUGGAGAACUGGCAAUCACAGGAAAGUAUCUUAUCGGAGGGAGGACUUGUGGAAGGUGGAUCUUUCUAGCUAUCAGAACAUCACAGUGUUUCUGGCUCCAAGUGUUCUUCCACUUCUUCAGAAGAAGUUACUGGUUGAGCUUCCUGAAGAUGCUCUGAUUGUUGCUGGACGCUUUCCCUUCUCAGAUUGGACGCCAUGCGGGAUAGAGGGAGAGGGCGUGGACAGAGCUUGGGCCUAUCGUGUACAAGUUCUCAGAGAAAACAGCCAAUCAAGGAACAGCAGUUUAGAGUCAUGACUCAGUUUUAGAGCAAUUUUAUGAUAUUUCGUCAAUUUUAUGAUGUUUUACUGGACAGUUUAUUUAUUAAUAUUGUGUAAUAUGAUGCACUGAAUGAUUUUUAUGCAACUGUUGUCACAGGCACUACUCCUGUAUUCAGAGAUUAGGAGUGUGCAGGUGUUGUACAGACUAACAUACUGUUUGAAAAUGAGUAAUACUGUUUUUAAUUGUAUUUAAUUCAUUAAGUAUAUAUUAAGUAUUUAUUACAUUAAUUAAGGGCAAGCCGUAGCCUAGUGGUUAAGGUACUGGACUAGUAACCAGAAGGUCGCCGGUUCAAGCCCGACCACUGCCAGGUUGCUGCUGCUGGGCCCUUGAGCAAGGCCCUUAACCCUCAAUUGCUCAGACUGUACACUGUAACUAUAAUGUAAGUCGCUUUGGAUAAAGGCGUCUGCUAAAUGCCGAAAAUGUAAAUGUAAAUGUAAAGUAUAUAUACAUACAAACCCUAUAUCCAGCAAAGUUAGGACACGUUCUAAACCUUGGUGGAUGCUCCUUUUAUACUUAAUCUUGAUGAAAAUAAUUUGUGGAACCUUCCAGAACAAUGUUACUUGUAUAACCUUAGUCUUAAUUUGCCUCUGUCCCAGCUGUUUUAAGUAUGUUGCAGGUGUCACAUUCUAUUAUUAAAAAAUACAAUUAGUUUUGUCAGUGAAAACAAUUUGUACUUUAUCAGUUAAAUUCUGGAAAUAUGGUUUGUAAAAGCCGGUUUAAUGAUAAGCAUAGUCUAACGGAAGUGCUCCCUUGAUGUGACGUCUUAGAGUACGCCCAUAAUCUAAAUUUUUGCAUUUUUCAAAGUGUCUGUGCUUUUUUAAAUGCCUGGUUACUUCCUGUUCUGUGUGUGACCUAGUUAAUCUCACACAUGCUCAAACCGUGCAUUUUAAUAUUUAUCUUUUUGUUUGUUUGUCCCCACCGUUGAUUUAUAUCAGUUUAGCUAAGAACUAUGUAAGUACAAUGCAAAUUCAUGCAAUUCUUUCAGUAAAGAAUAAUACUAUAA